GUUCAGUCUCAGUUCAUAUAUAAGUAGUACCCGGCUUCUACUUAGUUAUAUACUACUCUCAUUUAGGCAUACAUAGUAAUACAACGUUCCUUAUACUCGUUCUACAAUUAAUUAAUUGCCUUUUUGCAAGAAAAAUUCGCAUUAUCAAAAAAUGUUGUUGGAACAAAUAGUAGUUUUUGCAACCCUCAUUUUGCAAGCAAUAGCCCUUGAAAUUACACCCAGGUACUCCACUCCCCAGACAAGCGUCUUGCAACAGUCGUAUAGUGACAUUAAGAAAGAGAUUAUUACUGUUCCAGAAUUCGAUGCUGUCACCCCCAAAAUGCUUUUGAAGUAUGGUGUUGUGAGAGUUUCCUCCUCCAAUUCCAUUAUUGCGUCUCAAUUACUCGCAGAAGAAGCAUUCAAUCCUAAUUAUAGCCCUUCUGACAAACGGAAAACCAUCUUUUAUGAAGUCUCAUAUAGCGAUGCUCAAGUUACUCGCAAAGUCAGUGAUUGGAUUCCUAUUGGUGGUUGUCACCCAAAUACGCUAUCGGAAACCUCUAGUUCCUUUUCUCAAGGCUACACAGUCACGGCCGGAUCAGGUAUCACUGCCUCUGUUAAGUUUUCCCAACUACUCGGAAUUUCGCCUCAGUUUUCCUAUGACCUUGCUUACACUGUUUCUACUGGAGGAAGUUUGACUUGUUCGGUCGAGGCCGGUAAAACUUUACAGUUCCAAGUCAUGGUGGAAACAGUAACUAUAUCUAAUUUGAAACAAAGACAAAUCAAAAUUUCGGGGGACUACCAGUUUGCCAAUGGCUAUUUGGCCAGGAUGAGCGUAGGUGAUUGGGAAAGCGUUGAAACAUUCUCCCAAGUCAAUAAAGGUAACGUCCAGACCGCAUGUGUAACUGAUCCUCAAUACUUGAUGUGCUGA